ACUGCGCAAGAUAGACAUUGGCAUUUGCUUUGACUAGAAAUUAAAGUCGUGCAGCAACUUAUAACAUAGGUAUUACUUUCAAAUAUAAGAUCCUUGCCAGUUCAUAUCUCUAGAUAGCAAACGAUAUAGUUAUCUAUCUAAUGUUGCUAGUCCCUAGUGUACACUGUAGAGUGACUGCGGCUGCUCAGCUGAGUACCAGGUAAUAAGCAUAUAAACAAAUGAUGCCCGCAUCCAGUAUACUGUCCUGGGUUGUAAGUUUCACUUAUUGUCUAUGUAUCUCAGUUGAUGUAUUAAUAGCUAGAUACUUAACAAUGCGCUUCUGUCUUAUACCUACUCUCACUUCAUCUCACCUUUCUUCACAACUUUGCUCCACUCAGUUCUUUUCUACUUCAGCUCGGCACAACACACCCUCUUACUCUACACUUCAUCAUUUCUGGUGACUGUAUGUGACGAAGAGUUACGACAAGGGUAUUCACAGCUGCUAGCUAUUCACUUUUUGGUGUACCUUGCAGUCUGUUCUGCUACCAGGGCACUAUGAGUUCUUCCAAGAAAGCCUUGAACAGACCCAAAAAGCGCACCCUAGUCCGCUGGGAUGUCUGCAACAACCAGUCUAUCAAAAUCCCUUGGUCCGAGGUUGCUAGUACAAUGAGAAAUAAUGUUACCGAAGGGGCUAUCGUCCAGCAUCUGGCAAAGGUUCGGACCCGUCGUGUCGAUGCUGGCAAAGAAGUCCCUCCUCCCCUACGGCGUGGUGGUGUAGGGUCAUCGAGCAAGUCUUCUGGGAAUGCGCCUACCAGAACUGCGUCUGGAGCCAAACACAACCUCAGAGCUGCUCAUAUUUCAGGAAGCGAGGAAGCCGAAGGUCGAGAAAUGGAUUUCCAUGACGAUACUUCAUCCGAUGAAGACUAUAUCGACAAAGGUCGCCGCAGAAGUCGAUCUAAGAAGCAAUCACAUAAAUCGCAGCCACGUGGCGCUAUUUCGAUCAAAAGUGAAGAUGAGGAGAUUGACGGCAGUAACUAUGGAUUCGGAGAGCUGUUGGUCCCUGGGGCUGAGUUUCUCCAAUAUCCCAACGAGCAAGAACCACCCUCAGAGCCAACAUCCUCCCCCUGUGCUCCAGAGAAUACUAGAAGCAAACUGGUCACUUUGAGGUAUAGACAGGCAGUGGGUAAUGUGUUUAGUGGCUUUCCUUCGAUAUAUGCACAAUCAGUAGCCACUGCGCUUAGCGCAUAUGGCAAUACGCCUUACCAAGCUCAUUAUCAACAGCUACCAGAGCCUAAUCUCGACAUGGAGAACCAUUAUCUGCUUGGAUAUAAUCAUAUCACGGGAAUGUCUGCAGUUGUUCCUGAAGACGCUGUUACUAACCUGACCUCACUCGGGGAAAGCCAAGACUUCCACAAUACAUCAUAUGCUGGCUACCAGCAUCCAGGUUAUUACCACUCCGCUGAUGACUCGGUUGGUGGUGUCCUUUAUAGUGAGAACUACCAGUACCUUCAUGGUAACUAUGUUGAACCAAAUGAGGAUAUGAUCAUGGAAACCCAGGACAACCUGGUGACAAAGAUUGAAUAA